AUGGCUGACGCCGAGACUGCACCGGCUGAGCCACAAGCUUUGAAAGUAUUAUAUUGUGGUGUCUGCACCCUCCCCCCAGAGUACUGUGAAUAUGGAGGCACAGUAAAGAAGUGCCAGGACUGGCUUCAGAAGAACCACAAGGACUUGUACGAGGCGAUAUGGUCACCCGAAGCCCUAGCAGCCUCCACAGCCGACCUCUCGGUCGAAGCCCAGAAGCGCGCCGAGAAAGACGCCCUCAAGAAGACGGCAAAGGCCGAGGCCGCCGAGCAGAAGCAGGCCGACAAGCGCGCCGCGAGCACGGUCACCAUCAAGCGCAUCGAGCGGAACAAGCGCAAGUACGUCACGGCCGUGUCGGGGCUCGAGGCCUUCGACCUGGACCUCAAGAAGGUCGCCAAGGAGUUCGGCAAGAAAUUUGCCACCGGAUCCAGCGUGACCAAGACGCCGUCGGGCGGUGAGGAGAUCGUGGUGCAGGGCGACGUGAGCGACGAGAUCGAGGAGUUCUUGAACGAGAAGUACAAGCAAAUACCCGAGGACAACAUCGAGUUUGUCGAUGACAAGAAGAAGAAGUCGGCGAGCGCUGCAUAG